GGAAGCCGGGGAAGUAAAGUAGUUGUGAAAAGAACACAAUACGCGGAAGAAUUUAGGUAAAGUGAAAGUGCAAAAGUCAAACCAACACCUAAAAGAACUUUUAAGAAUUUGACCUGACUAUUUACGGAGGCAAGAAAAGAGCAAUGGACGUGAGCGCAGAGGCCAAGCGGAUCAUGGUUCAGGCUCUGGGCAAGCUGUACAGCUCACGCACCCAGCGCGGUGGGCUCAGGCUCCACCGGAGCCUCCUGCUCACGCUCGUGAUGAGGUCCGCCCGGGACAUCUACCACACCGCCCACAUGACCUGCGAGAACGAGGGAACGGCUGCCACCCCUUCUGCCGUCCCGGAACAGGCACCGGCCGAGGAAGCGAUGGACACUAGCGGCGUACCUGCGGAGACCUCUGGAUCUGACUGCGCGCCGCCGGCCUCUACUGAAAAGAGCCAGCAGUCAGAGGGCGAGGAAAAGCCGUCUGUCUGUAAGAGGACUCAAGCGAACAAGGAGAACUGCAAUCCUCUGGGACAUGACCGCCACUCUAGGAAGAGACGGGGCAAGGCGGCAGCGGAGCCAGACUUUUUGCCGAGCAAGAGGGCAAAAAUGGAAGCGGGGGAAGAGCGGGUGAUUGUUCAGAGCGCGGCGCUCAGGAGCAACUCGGGGAGCUGCAGUCGAGUCGGGAAUACCCUGACUUCACUACCCGUGUCUCAAGCCAUCGCAGCGUUCUGAGCUGUCAAAGCGAAAAGUCACUAGCUGAAAUCAGGGGGUUCGAAAACUCUGGACUGAACAUAGACAGGUCAGACAGUGGCCUUCUCUAUGUGUAAAGGCGACUCGGGCAGAAGAGGCACUAGAUGCGGGACUUCCCGACCUCAGUCAGUGCUUUUGCCACGGACAUGCGGUGUCCAGUGACGCGACGUGACCCAGCGGCGGUUAAUUCCAAGAGAAACACGGAGGCGGGGAAAGCACUGAUGGUCAAGCGUGGUCUGACCGCACAUGGAUAGUUCUGCUUCGGACUGUCGGCAACAGCGACACAUGAGUCAGACCGACCUGUUGGCGGCUUCCUCUCGUCUCUUACGAAGCUCAGCGCGGCGAAGAGGAGUUGACAGUGCUCAGCAGAUCCUGUUGUACGACUGCAUGACUCAAAACCGGAUUGAGAAACUUCCGCAACCACACCGGCUGAAUCGUGGGGGCGACUAGCUGGCUAAUCCACGAUUAACCCGACAAGGGGGACUUUGUCUCGACCAUUUGCCCUAAAUAUGGUUUUAUGUACAAUAAAUUUCAAACGGUGCUACAUGACCAAGUUAAUCUGGGGUUAUUAUGUGCUGUAUGCGAAACGUGGAAAGUGCACUGGUUCAUUCAGCUGCUGAAGCAUACAGCGGUGGUGUGUAUAUACAUGUAUUUAUCCCUGUGGGACGUAAUGAGACGUUUUAUGUAUCAGUGGGGAAGGUUCACUAUGUGUUUCACCUGCUCCUCGCUGCUGUUAAUGCAUUUGUUUUUUGUUUCAUGAAAUACCUCAUUUAAAUACAAUAAAACAGUUGCUGUUUGC